UUACAGUGCCACCGACAUUGACACCACAUAUGUAGCGUAACGUAAAUUUAUUCUGUAGUGAUACUGAUAUUAGUACUGUGUUGUUAAUGCGUAUAUAACGUUAGUUAUUGGUACAGUGGUGAUGUUACUGUUACUUCUCGUAGACUACAGUUACAACUCAAAUUACAAUAUUUAGAAUACAAGUUACAGCUUACAUUAUUGCCAGUGUUAAAAUUCAAGUUACUGUGUUGGCAGAGGCACUGUUGUUGCUUCUUACAUUAUUGCCAGUGUUAAAAUUCAAGUUACUGUGUUGGCAGAUACACUAUUGUUGCUUUUUGCUAUUACUAUUAGUAACUAGUACUAGUAGUAAUGUAUGAUUUCAAGUUCAAGCUCUUCUUAGUUUAGUUUCAAAUUCAACUAGAGAUUUGUGGUACAACUUAAAAAUAAAAGUAAAUGCUCACAGACAUCUAAGGGUUUGCAGACCACAGAUUGAGAUCACAACACCACAUGAUAGGGUGUAUGUACAGAUAUAAUAGAUGGGCACAAGUAUAAAGAUGAACCUACCAUGACGGGUCGUAUUUCUAAGAGAAGUGUGUUGGAAAUACGUGGACUUUCACGUACAGUACUUCAGAAUCAUCCACUACCAGAAUUGCUUGAUGAUUUGAUAGAACAGCCGACAAACCAAGCUGGCAACCAGAAGAGUAUCAAUGCUGAAUAUCAAGGGUCCUGUCUGUUCCCAGACAAUGUUCUUGUAUCUGACUGCAGCUGGACAGGAGAUACACAGAGAACAUUAAGUUCUUGUUCUUGGGGAGAUGAUGAAAUUGAGCAACAAGAAACUCAGAAAGUUCAACUAAUGUUAGAUGAUGUUAACAGCAUGUUGUUCAGUGAGAAAGAUCAUGUGAAGCUUCAGGAUGAACUUCAUGAGGAGUGUUUACACUGGAAAAAACAUUUUCCACAUUUUAGGAUUUUAGGAGAACAACUGAUGCCAUCUGUUGAUGAAGUACAGUUUAUUCCACCUAAGAAAAGUAGUGAAAACCUUGUUCAGGAUGAGCCUUAUAUAGACUCUGUUGAUAUUCCUGCUGAACUGAAAAUCCAAGGUCAACACCUAAAUGUAAUAGAACCUCCUUCAGAAGAGCAAAGUGAACAAGACUGCUCAUCAUUAGAUUUCCAUGUGAAAGAGGGAAGAGACUUUGUGGAGGAAGUGUUAAUUCAGGAAGGAGAAUAUCAAGAGCUUCUUGUUUGUGAUCCUGGGAAUGGAAAUUCUGACAUGACUUUAGAUGUGAAAAACACAGGUAUGCCUCCAUCAAAAUUUAGUCGUGCUGAGUUAGAUGGCUUGGUAGAGAGAAUUGUUGGGCAACUGGCCAAUAAAAUAUGGCCUGAUGUCCUUUCAUGGGUUGAAGGUUUAGGUACCAAUAAUGAUGAAGGCAGCAAAGGAAAUGAUGCUUAUCCUCCAAAAUAUCUGCCACCUGUGAUGUCUCCUGUUGACAAGCAGCAGCGUCCUUUAACAGCUCAAACAGGUCGUGGUGUUCCUGUGGAUCUAUUGGACGGGGUAUUGACAGUAUCAUCCAAAAUCUUACAAACUAGAGCAGAUCAUAAAUUCAGCCCAGAUUCAGGAGUCAGCACUAGACCUGGAUCAAGUAUGAUUACAUUCCAUAAAGGUUCAUCUUCGCGAACUUCACGACCUACAUCCAGCAGGACAAUAUUUGGACCUCCUGCAUCCCUUUCUCAUUUAGCAAGAGUUCCAUCAGCUGGUCCACAAAAGAGUGGCAUCAGAGGUCGAGAGCUUAGCAGACUUCACAUGCAGACUACUCUUCCUGAGUCUGUACAAGAAGAACAAUCUACGCUACCAGACAUUGGAGUGAUACAACUUAAUUUUCCCACCAGUGCUCUCCAACAUCAAGACAGCACUGACCAGAACUGUACACAUUCAUUACUUCCUCCUCUCACUACAUCUGAUCAGAACCAACUGCAUCAUGGCAUCAAAUCUCCUGGUGUUUGUAGUAGAGUAAGUAGUGCUGCAGCAGAUAGAAUGCAGUAUUUCUCAUACUCACGCCCUAGCACCAGUAAAAGUAAUAAGGGCAAUAUACCCCAGGGUAUGUCACAUCAGAGAUCUCCACCUUUACAGCCUCUGGUAGUGACUGAUGGGGUGAACAGGAACAAAGACAAUAUAUCACCCCCUGAUCUGUGGAAAGACAGGAAAAGUCCUGAGAACAUAAUUACCUUAACCCCUCUGGUUACACCUCUCAUACUUAGUAAACAGCAGGAGAAAGAACCUAACAAGAGAAGAACCAGUCCAGGCACCAGAAAGUCAAGUCAACAUCGUAUUUUUCCUGGAAGAUUAAAGAAGUUAUAAGGCUAUGAUGCUCAAGAUCAUCCAUCAACUUGUGUGAUACUAGUCUGUUUUGAUGUAAAGAACAUCACAGUAUUUUUAUAAUGUUGUUUUAAAUUAUUGUAACAUUUAAAAAAAUAAACAAAAUAAACUUAUUUA